GGCGGCGGGGGGGCACCGACAAUGGCGGAGGGGGGCAGCGGCCGGGGGGUAGCGGCGGCUCGGGGCCUCCUGCCCGCCUCCUCCCCGCCUUCCUCCUCCUCCUCCUCCUUCUUCUUCCCGGGUAGGAAAGUUUCAGCGCCGACCGCGGAGCAACAACCGGGCCGGGCUUUUGGCAGCCUGGCCCCGUCGGUACGGCAGCUUUCGCUUCGUUUCGCCGAGCCGGAGCCGGCGGGCCCGGCUCAUGCCGGGGCUCAGCCGCCGUGCCCGGCUCCACCGCCGCCGCCGCCGCCGCCGCCGGGCCCGGGGUUAAACGCGGAGCCGCCGCGCUGGCCCAGCGUCCCGGCGAUGCGGAAACUCUUCGGGGAAAGCUGCCGGCAGCCCACGGCGGCCGCCGGGAAUGGGAUGGGGAGCGGCAGCGGCAGCGGCAGCGCCCGCGGAGCUCCCCCGCCGCCUCCGCCCCGCAGCCGCGUCCCGCACCCGGCGCUCCGCUCUCCCCGCGGAGCUCCGCCGGAGCCCGGCCCGCAUUCCUGGCAUAACUCGGCUCGACCGCAAGCACCCUCCUCCUCCCCAUCACCCCGCUCCAACGGGGACGAUGAAGCGGCGGCGGCCCGUUCUCCCCGCGCCUCGUCGGGCAGCGAAGGCGAGGGGCAGAGCGCUGCCCAGCGGCCCCGCGCCGCGCGGAAGAAGAAGAAGGAGGGCACGGCGGAUGGCGAUGCCGAGGCCGAAGGCUGCGCUAGGGUGGUCCCCCGGCACCCGCUGCCCAUGGUGGCCCGCGUCUCCAAGGUGAACCUCCUGCCCUUCGGCAGCCCCGGCGGGUCACGCAGCAGCAGUCGUUAUUCCAGCACGGAGACGCUGAAGGAAGAGGAGCAGUUUGGAGUCUGCUGGCCCAGCCAAGGACGGGCUCUCCAGGCAGGUUAUGGUAUCUAUAGGUCGCCCAGUUUCGGGGCCAGCGAUGGCCUGGCCUGGGGACAGCCGGGGGUCCGCGUCCGCCCCAAGCUGCCCCAGAGCGUGGCCAAGGCGAAAGCGGACUAUGGGAGCGAGAUUCUGAACCAGCCAGGGCUGGAAGGGGAGCGGGCCAAGCACCGCAAGUCCUUGUCCAACCCCGACAUUGCCACCGAGACCCUGACUCUGCUCAGCUUCCUCAAAUCAGACCUCUCAGAGCUGAAGGUGAAGAAGAAAGGGGUGAGGAUCGGCCUUGACGUGGGCUCUGAUGGAUGCUCCAGAGGUGCCAGCCCCUCUCCAGGCGGCUGCGGUGCCGCUCAUCCCCAAAACCGCUGGGCGCCGGGCGAGCGGCCAACGCUCAAGGACCUGACGGCCACUUUGCGUCGUGCCAAGUCCUUCACCUGCUCCGAAAAAUCCGGGACGCGACGGCUUUUCCUGCAGAGCACCAUGAAGCAGAGCUCCUCUGAGCUCCUUCUGGCCUCUACGGACAGCCAGGACCGGGUGGCUCCAGGCGGGGGACAGCAGGGGGACGAGGAUCCUCUCCCCGUGGUCAUCCAGGACCAGUACAUCCAGGAGGCGAGGCAGGUGUUUGAGAAGAUCAGCAGGAUGGGUUCCCAGCAGGACUACGGCUUUGCCGCCGAGCAGAAGGACAGCGGAGGUGUGGAGGGCGCUGAGGUGGUGGCACCGGUGACGGGGACGACAGACGUGACCCUUCGGGGACAGGUGGAGAGCACGCGGUGUUUGAAGGACGUGGAGCUGGAGGAGAGCCUCGCUCACAGUAAAUCCGUGGAGGAGCUGUCGGGUCACGAGUCGAGCGUGACGGACGAGGGCAUCGUCACGGAGCCGGAGCCUGUGGGGAUGCCCUUCCAAGACCUGCACAAAGCUGUGGAUGCCUGGAUGCUGCCCGGUACCGGGCCAGCAGCGGGUGACUCCGACACCCCGCUGCCCGCUCACCCGACAGCGGCGGUGGAAGACCUUCCAGCUGGCAAACCCGAGACGCCGAGCACCCCUGGCAGCCUGCGGCGCCGACGUAAGUUCCCGUCAGCGGGCGCCAAUGGGAUGGAGGGCGGCAGCGAGGGUGGCACCGAGCCCUACCGCUCCCUCAGCGACCCCAUGCCUCACCGGAGACGCUCGGUGGCGGAGGAGGCGAAGAAUUUCUCCGUCGACAGCAACCUGCUGGGCUCGCUGAGCGCCAAGGCGGGCAUCCCGCAGCCCGCCGCCAUCGCGGGCAGCGCGGGCAGCGCGGGCAGCGACCUGUCCCUGGGCAGCGAUGGGCCCCGGGACUACAGCAGCCUCAUCCGCACCAUCGUCAGCCAGCCCGGUGCCAUGGCCAAGCUGGGCGAUGACAAGGCCAACGGCAAGACCAUCAAGAAGAAGUCGCUGAGUGACCCCAGCCGCCGCGGCGAGCUGUCGCCCGGCGCCUUCGAGGGUCCCGGCGAGGCCAUCAGCGAGCUGGAGCCCAGCAUUCCCCCGUCCAGCAGCGAGCCCAUCCUCUCGGCACAGCCGGCAGCACCGGGCACCGGCCGCGGCUACGGCUUUGACCCCAAGCUGGCGGACGUGCUGUCGCCUCGCAUCGCCCGCCGCAGCUCCAAGAAGCGCUCCAACCGCGCGGCCCACCAGGAGAACCAGCCGCCCCCCGCGCCCGCCAUCCUCGCCAAGAGCCGCCCGGCCACCAAGCACGUCCGUCACACCAGCGAGCCCGCCACCUUCGUCCCCAUCACCGUCCCCGAGCCGCUCGUCCCCUCCGGCCACCACGGCCCCCUCCCUGCGCCGGCUGCCGGCCGCUCACCUGGGAAAUCCUUCCCGGCCCUCCAGCCUCCUUCGCUGGAGGAUGUCACCAAGCGGUACAUGCUGGCCCUCAACUCAGGUGACACGUCCCCCAGUCCUGGGGACGGACCCCGCUCGCCGCCCGCUGCCCCACCGCCCCGGCUGCCCCGGUGCUCGCGGCUGCCCGAGGAGCACGGCCCCAGGACCAAGCCACAGGUGGACAUGAGGAAGCACGUCAUCAUGACCCUGCUGGACACGGAGCAGUCCUACGUGGAGUCCCUGCGCACCUUGAUGCAGGGUUACAUGAAGCCGCUGAAGCAGCCGGAGAACUCCCUGCUCUGCGACCCUUCGCUGGUGGACGAGAUCUUCGACCAGAUCCCCGAGCUGCUGGAGCACCACGAGCAGUUCCUGGAGCAGAUCCACGACUGCGUGCAGAACUGGCACGAGAAGCAGAAAGUGGGCGACCUCCUGGUGCAGUCGUUCUCCAAGGAUGUGCUGGUGAACAUCUACUCUGCCUACAUUGAUAACUUCCUCAACGCCAAGGACGCCGUCAGGAUCGCCAAGGAAGCCCGGCCGGCUUUCAUGAAGUUCCUGGAGCAAAGCAUGCGGGAGAACAAGGAGAAGCAGGCCCUGUCCGACCUGAUGAUCAAGCCUGUGCAGAGGAUCCCGCGAUACGAGCUGCUGGUGAAGGACCUGCUGAAGCACACCCCAGAGGACCACCCCGACCACCCCUUCCUCAUCGACGCCCAGCGCAACAUCAAGCAGGUGGCCGAGAGGAUCAACAAGGGCAUGAAGAGCGCGGAGGAGGUGGAGAGGAACGCCCGGAUCGUGCAGGAGAUUGAGUCCCACAUCGAAGGGAUGGAGGACCUCCAGGCUCCGCUCCGCAGGUUCCUGCGCCAGGAGAUGGUCGUGGAAGUGAAGGCGGUGGGUGGGAAGAAGGACCGCUCCUUCUUCCUCUUCACGGACCUGCUGGUGUGCACCACGCUGAAGCGCAAGUCGGGCUCGCUCCGCCGCAGCUCCAUGAGCCUGUACACAGCGGCCAGCGUGAUCGACACCGCCAGCAAGUACAAACUGCUCUGGAAGCUGCCCCUGGAGGAUGUGGAAAUUGUCAAAGGUGCCUCGCAAGCCACCAACAGGGAGAGCAUCCAGAAAAGCAUCAGCCGCCUGGAUGAAGACCUCAACACGCUGGGGCAAGUCAGCAAGCUGUCAGAGACCCUCAGCUUCCCCCACCAGGGCCUGGAUGACGUGAUCAAGGACCUGAUGGCCGCCAUCCACCGGGAGCUGUCGGAGAAGCAAUCCCUGUCCUUCAGCAUGGCCUUCCCCCCCAACAAGGUGGAGCUCAGCACCACCAAAGCUGACGGCACCGAGUCCUUCAUCUUCGAGUUCCCCAACCCCGACGCCCGGCUCGGCUUUGAGCAAGCCUUCGAGGAUGCCAAGAAAAAGCUGGCUUCCAGCAAAAACUGCCUGGACCCGGAGUUCCUCAAAGCCAUCCCCAUCAUGAAGACGCGGAGUGGGAUGCAGUUCUCCUGCGCUUCUCCCAGCCACGGCAGCCCCGAGAGCUCGCACGAGGUUUGGGUUUGCAACAGCGAUGGCUACGUGGGGCAGGUCUGCCUGCUGAGCAUCCGCAAGGAGCCCACGGUGGAGGCCUGCAUCGCCGUCUGCUCCGCCAGGAUCCUCUGCAUCGCCUCCGUGCCCGGCCUCAAGCGCGCCUACAGGUAGGACAUGCCCCAGCCCUGCGGCGCCAGGGGCGCGGGGCGCUGCCGCAGGAGCGGGGCGAUGCUGGAGCUGCUUCUCUCCUCUCCCUCCCUCCCUCCCGGCAGCGGCAGGGAGCGCGCGGAGCCGCUGGGCAGCCCCGCUGCCGAGCUGGGCCCCGCGCCGCCGGAGGACGCGGCGCCGCAGCCGUGCCUGCACAUCUCCAUCUCGGGCUCGUCGCUGGAGCUCUCGGAGCCCGUGGACGGCGGCAACAGGGAGCUGGUGCCCUUCGACAGCGACGACACGGAUGACGAGUCCUCGCCCAGUCCCUCCGGGACUCUGCAGAGCCAAGCCAGCCACUCCACCAUCUCCUCCAGCUUCGGCAAUGAAGAGAUCCCGAGCUGCAAGGAGGCAGCAGUGGAGACGACGAGCUCGGAGGAGGAGCAGGAGCCUGGUUUCAUGCCCAUCACUGGCACCUACGGGCAGAGCCGGCACGGCGAGAGCCCCACGGACGGGCGCGCCCUGCGCCGCUCCAGCCGCGGCUCCUUCACCCGCGGCAGCCUCGAGGACCUCCUCAGCCUCGACCCCGAGGCCCACCAGAGCUCCAUGUGGCUGGGCACCGAGGAUGGCUGCAUCCACGUGUACCAGUCCUCGGACAACAUCCGGAACAGGAAGAACAGCAUGAAGAUGCAGCACGCUGCCGCCGUCAUGUGCAUCCUGUACCUGGAUAACCAGGUGUUUGUGUCAUUGGCCAACGGGGAGCUCGUUGUGUACCAGCGGGAAGCAGGCCGCUUCUGGGACCCCCAGAACUCCAAGUCCCUGUCCCUGGGCUCACCGGGGAGCCCCAUCACCAAGAUGGUGGCGGUGGCGGGGAAGCUGUGGUGCGGCUGCCAGAACCGCGUCAUCGUCCUCAACACCGCCACGCUGGCACAGGAGCACACGCUGCAGGUGGGGCAGGACGGCGGGCGCAGCGUCACCUGCAUGGUGAGCGCGGGCGGCGGCGUGUGGGUGGCACUGCAGGGCAGCGCCCAGGUGAGGCUGUACCACGCCGCCACCUACGAGCAGCUGGCAGAGGCUGACAUCACCCCCCCGGUGCACAAGAUGCUCGCCGGCUCGGAUGCCAUCAUCCGGCAGCACAAGGCCGCCUGCCUGCGGAUCACGGCCCUGCUGGCCUGCAAGGAGCUGCUGUGGAUCGGGACCAGCGCCGGCGUGGUGCUCACCCUGGCCGUGUCCCCCAAGGCAGCCCCCACGCUGGUGGGGCUGUCCCAGGGACACACCGGCCACGUGCGCUUCCUGACGGCCAUCGAGCUGCCCGACGGCCUGGACGUCCUCUUCCCGCUGCCCAGGGACACGGGGGCCGAGAAGCCGAGCGAGGCGGAGAAACGAGACCCGUCCCGGCCCCGUGCCCCCGCGCUGGCCCUGUCCAAGCCCAAGAUGCUGGUGAUCAGCGGCGGGGACGGCUACGAGGAUUUCCGGCUGACCAGCAGCAGCGAGACCGUGGGCCGGGACGACAGCACCAACCACCUCCUGCUGUGGAGAGCGUGACCAGCCACGGCCCCCCCGGGCCGGCCCGGCAUGGAACGGGGGGUGCUGGCCCCCCUGUGCGCAGAGGGGGGGUCCCGGCCCCCUGCCCACCGCCCCCCGCCCCAGCACCUCUCAUCUCCAGCCCGGCUGCUCUCUGUGUGCUCGGGGUCGGGGGGAUGAGCCCCGCUCCCCCCGGCCGCCGCUGGACUCGGGGGGGACACACAGCGCUUCGGGGGGAUGGGGCGGGGGUUCGCUUGGGAAGGCGCUGCGGAGGAGGAAGAGGAGGAGGAGGAGGAGGAGGGUACCGAGCAUCCCCGGGGAUGCCCGCCCGCCAGGAUCCUGCCUUGCUCUCCGGUUCUGUGUGUGCCUGCGCUUCGCGGGAGCAGCCCGGGGCCGAGCCGCCCGCCGUGUCCCCCCCGGGCCGGGCCGGGCCGCCCGCCAACCCGCUCGCUCCAUCGCCAGCACCCCGACAGCUCUGUCCGUUCGUCCGUUGGUUUUAAAUAUAUAUAUAUAUUAUA